AUGGCACUGGACAUUACGACCUUCUACAAUGUUAUCAACAACGAGCUCACCUCCACCGCUCAAACCCGCCAUGGCAUCAACCCGGCCAACCGCCAGCCCAACCCGGAGGUCCCUGUAUCAACCGCAGAGGAUUUAGAUCGCGCCGUCAAGGCCGCCCGCCAGGCCUUCCGCAAGUGGUCGCGGACCUCGUUCGACGAGCGCCGCGCGGCCCUGAACGCCUUUGCCGACGCCAUCGAGGCCAACGCCGAGCCUCUGGCCGCACUCUUGACGCAGGAGCAAGGAAAGCCGCUCAGCCAGGCGGCCCAGGAGGUCGGCAUGGCCGUGCAGUGGACGCGCUCGCUGCCGACGCUCCAGAUCCCCGAGACCGUCCUCGAGGAUACCGAGGAGCGCAAGGUCAUCCAGCGGUACACGGCCAUGGGCGUCUGCGGCGCCAUUGUGCCCUGGAACUUCCCCGUCUUGCUGGCCAUCGGCAAGAUCGUGCCCGCCGUGUACACGGGCAACACGGUCAUCGUCAAGCCUUCGCCGUACACCCCGUACUGCGAUCUGAAGCUCGCCGAGCUGGCGACGCGCUGCUUCCCCCCGGGCGUCGUGCAGGCGCUCAGCGGCGGCGACGACCUCGGCCCCAUGAUCACUGAGCACCCGGGCAUCGACAAGAUCAGCUUUACGGGUUCUUCUGUGACGGGUCGCCGCGUGAUGGCCAGCUGCGCAAAGACCCUGAAGCGGGUGACGCUCGAGCUGGGCGGCAACGACCCGUGCAUCAUCUGCGACGAUGUCGACAUUGACGCCGUAAUCCCCAAGGUGGGCCCCGACUACAAACUACCCACUCAGGGCCGGCUGUACGUGCACGAGAAGAUCUACGACGCGUUCCGCGAGAAGCUGGUCGCGUUCGUGCAGGCGCUGAAGAUGGGCGAGGGCACCGAGCCGGACGUCUUCUUCGGCCCCAUCCAGAACGGCAUGCAGUUCGACAAGGCCAAGAACCUGUUCGCCAGUCUGUCGGCUGAGGGUCUCACGCCCGUGCUGGGCGGCGCCAUCCCCGAGUCGAAGGGGUACUUUGUGCCGCCCACCAUCAUCGACAACCCGCCCGACACGGCGCGCGUCGUGCAGGAGGAGCCGUUUGCGCCGAUCUUGCCGAUCAUGAAGUGGUCGGACGAGGAGGAGGUGUUGGCCCGCGCGAAUGACACGGAUAUGGGGCUCGGCGCGUCCGUCUGGAGUAAGGAUAUGGAGCGGGCGCAGCGCAUGGCGGACCAGCUCGAGGCGGGUAGUGUCUGGGUCAACUCGCACUUUGAUGUCGCGUGGAAUACGCCGUUUGGGGGGCACAAGUGCAGUGGAAUUGGCACGGAAUGGGGGGUGAAUGGGUUGACGCAGUGGUGCAAUUCGCAGACUCUGUAUCUGAAGAAGAAUCCUUGA